AUGAAAUGGGAUCCGUUCGGCCGUUCUGAUGAUUUUGUGUAUUUUCAGGAUGCCGAUAAAAACAUUAUAAAGCUUCUGAAGGAACGCGGCCGCUUGGUGCACUGCACCACCUACAAACACAACUACCCCUUCUGCUGGAGGUCAGACACCCCCCUCAUCUAUAAAGCCGUUCCCAGCUGGUUUGUUCGGGUGGAGCACAUGGUGGACAAGCUCCUGAAAAACAACAGUCAGUGUUACUGGGUCCCCGAGUUUGUACGAGAGAAGAGAUUUGGGAAUUGGCUGAAGGAUGCCCGCGACUGGGCCAUAUCCAGGAACCGCUACUGGGGCACCCCCAUUCCAAGCAUGGCGCCCCGUGUCUUGCAGGUGGUGUGUGUGGGCUCGCUGGCAGAGUUGGAAGAGCUGACUGGAAUAAAAGUGACAGAUUUGCACCGGGAAAGUGUGGAUCAGCUGACCAUUCCGUCUCGCUGUGGGAAGGGCGUCCUGCGACGGGUGACCGAGGUCUUUGAUUGCUGGUUUGAGAGCGGUAGCAUGCCCUACGCUCAGGUGCAUUACCCGUUUGAGAACAGAAGGGAGUUUGAAGACUCUUUCCCGGCUGACUUUAUAGCGGAGGGAAUCGACCAGACACGCGGAUGGUUCUACACACUGCUCGUGCUUUCCACUGCUCUGUUCGGUCAGCCACCAUUCAAGAAUGUCAUUGUCAAUGGCCUAGUCCUAGCCAGGUAGGUGGUCUGCGUGUGGCCUAGUCCUAGCCAGGUAGGUGGUCUGCGUGUGGCCUAGUCCUAGCCAGGUAGGUUGUAUUUGAUAAAUUCUCCGGUAGUCAGAGCAGAGAACCUGCGCUUCAAGGAGGAGGGGGUCCGUGAUGUGCUGAAGGAUGUGUUCCUGCCGUGGUACAACGCCUUCCGCUUCCUGAUGCAGAAUAUCUACCGACUACACAAGGAGGCGGGUCUCCACUUCCUGUACAAUGGGACCUCGGCCAGGACCGGUGGGAAUAUUAUGGAUAGAUGGAUCGUGUCCUUCACGCAGUCCCUGGUGCAGUUCUUUAAGACGGAGAUGUCAGCUUACCGACUCUACACGGUGGUUCCCCGACUAGUCAAGUUUGUUGACAUGCUGACCAACUGGUAUGUGCGCAUGAACCGCCGGCGCCUGAAGGGUGAAAGCGGCACGGAGGAUUGUCUGAUGGCCUUGGAGACUCUGUUCAGUGUUCUGUACUCCAUGUGUACACUGAUGGCGCCGUUCACUCCGUUCAUCACUGAGCUGAUGUAUCAGAAGCUGCGACUGCUUGUGGAUCCGACGUCUGUCCAGGAGAAAGACACGCAGAGCAUUCAUUACCUCAUGCUGCCCCCGGUCAGAGAGAAUUUAAUUGACAAGAAGAUUGAGGCUGCUGUGUCCCGAAUGCAGUCCGUCAUUGAGCUGGGCCGCGUCAUACGUGACCGGAAGACUCUGCCCAUCAAGUAUCCGCUGAAGGAAGUGAUUGUCAUCCACCAGGAUCCGGAGGCCCUCUCUGACAUCCAGUCCCUGGAGAAGUACAUUGUAGAGGAACUGAAUGUCAGGAAAGUGACGCUAUCUACAGACAAGACAAGGUAUGGAAUCCGCCUGAGAGCCGAGCCGGAUCACAUGGUGCUCGGAAAACGACUGAAAGGAGCAUUUAAGGCGAUCACGGCGGCCAUCAAAGAGCUGAAGAGCGAAGAACUAGAAGAGUUCCAGAAAACAGGCUCCAUAGUGGUGAUGGACCACGAGUUACAUGAGGAAGAUGUGCGUCUCCUCUAUUCCUUCGAUCAAAGCGCCGGGGGCCACACUCAGUUCGAGGCUCAUUCAGACGAUCAGGUCCUUGUUUUGUUAGAUGUCACUCCUGACCAGUCCAUGGUGGAUGAAGGAGUCGCCAGAGAAGUCAUUAAUCGCAUCCAGAAGUUGCGCAAGAAGGGUAAUUUGGUUCCCACUGAUGAGAUCUCCAUCUACUAUGAAGUGAGUCCAGCGGGCCGGUACCUCCACUCUGUCAUUCAGCACCACACAGACUUCAUCUUGGCCACAGUCAAGUCUCCGCUGUUAGCGUACCCCGUCCCAUCCUCCGCCGCUGUCAUCAUCAAGGAGAGGACGCAGAUGAAAGGUUCCGAUCUGGAGAUCACGCUGGUCAGAGGAUCGGCACACGCUGCCGGCCUGGUCAGAGGAUCGGCACACGCUGCCGGCGGCCCUUCCUGUGCUUAUGUCACACUUCAUAUAAACGAUAGCGGGACAGAGCAAAGUGGAUUUCUGCUGCUGGAGAACCCCAAGGGGGAGGCCAUGGACAGCCUAUCACAAUUAAAGAGUGCCGUGUGCGGAAUAUUCCGGAUGAAGACUUCCCGGCUCUCUGUAUACAGCGGGGGGGCAGAACUGCCCAAUGACUGCAAUCUCCUCAGCCUCAGCGGAAAGAUCCUCCAUGUGUCCUCCGGAGCUCCUCCGGCGUCCAAUGGGAAUCCGCUUCAGUGUCGAUAUGUCAAUCUGCGGCUGCUGAGUAGCGGUGCGCAAGGGACGCUGCUGCUGGAGAAUCCGAUUGGUCAGAAUGACCUGAAAUAUCACGGCCUGUUUCCUGAGGUGGCCAAGGUGUUUAGUCUGAGGAGCCGGCGCUUCCGCCUAUUUCUUGAUGCCGCCAUGGAGGAAG